AUGCCCGCCCGUCCACCAGCACAAAAGAAGAGACGCACCAUCGUCGACAGCUCGGACGAGUCACAGCCCGCUCCAGCUCCCGCUCCCGCCUCUGCUCCUCGCGAAACUCGCGCCUCAAAGCCAAGGGCAGCUACCCGUCGCUCCACCACCACCACCACCGACACCGCCAGCACCACCACCACCACCGACACCGCCGCCGCCGCGAAACCACAACCCGCGAAAACGAAACCCGCGAAAGUAACACCCCCACCUCGGAAUCCUGUGAAACCGAAAGCCAAGAAACUCACGGGCCAGUACAAAUCGCUACACAGAUUCUUCGGCGUUCCGCAGGGAGGAGGGUUUCCUGCCGCCACCCCUGCGGCGCCGGAUGCAUCGAGUCGGCAGUACACGCCUACUGCAUCGCAGCAUGAAGAUGCCGAUGAUCUGAUCGAGGAUAUUUCGGAAGAUGAUGAGGUGGUGCUGGUGCCAACGAGGCGGCGGACGGGAACGAAGGAUGGAUCGCUGGAGAAGCACCUUGUUGUGAGUAAACCUGGGGUUACCAAGGGUUUCGGACAUUUACUGGGGAUUAAGGCCCCACCUACGAAGCAAGAAGCUCGAACGACUACUGCCGCGGGGGUGAUAAAAGCAGAUAGACAUAAGGCGGCGACCACUGCACCUGGAUUACUGCCGCCGGAAGAUACACGCACAUGGCCAGAGAGGUUUGCGCCCACAUCGGUGGAAGGGCUGGCAUUGAAUAGAACCAAAGUGAAAGAGGUUCGGAUGUGGCUGGACUCUGUUUUCGAGGGGGGGAACCGGCAACGCGUGUGUGUCUUCCGUGGCUCGGCGGGGACGGGGAAGACGGCUACGUUAAAUGCGUUGGCGAAGGAGAUGGGGAUUGAAAUUCUAGAGUGGAGGAAUCCGAGCAGUGGAGCAAGGGGCGAGGAGUAUGGUGAGGACGGUGCGUUCUCGGCGGGCUUGAGCGGUCUCUUUGAGGAAUUCGUGGGGAGAGCGGGAACGUUUGGAUGCUUGGACUUGAUCUCGUCGAGUGGGAAACCAGUAUCGACGCAGUCAUCACAGCCGUCAGCGGGGGAUGAUCGGAAGAAGAAACUUAUCCUGAUUGAGGAUUUCCCCAACACUCUAUUUACAUCUUCGCCAGCGCCAUUGCAGUCUUUCCGACAUACGAUCAAAUCAUUUCUAGCAUUACCACCUCCCCCGGCCGAGGCACCACCGAUACCGCCGUUAAUCUUGAUCAUCACAGAGACCGCGAGCAUAACAGGGCCAAACUCAUUUACUGCGCAUAGACUAUUAUCACCAGAGAUCCUCCUCAAUCCCUUGGUGAAAGAGAUCGCCUUCAACAAGAUUGCACCAACAUUCAUGUACCGGGCCCUCACUGCCAUCAUUGCUCGGGAGUCUCGGCUGUCGGGGCGGAAAUUCGGCCCCAGCAAAGCUGUUCUGAGCACGUUGUCGACUAGUGGUGACAUCCGUAGUGCAGUGAUGGGCCUCGAGUUCCUGGCUAUGAACGGUGAUCUCCCUGGUAUGGGCUUCACGAUGCCCCUGACGCAAGCGAGGAAGCGCAAAAAGACAGAAGAGCAACCACUCGAUGAUGACGAACGAAAGAUCCUUGAAGCGGUGACCCAACGUGAGAGCAGCUUUGGUAUCUUCCACGCCGUUGGCAAGAUAGUCUACGACAAACGGUACGGCGAUGACCUCGGGGAUCCAUACGUACCGCAACAACCUCGUCCUCCCCUCCUAACACUCCCCUAUCACCCUCGUGCCCCGCGCAUCAACUUUGAAACGUUCAUCGAUGAUACCGGCACGGAUCCGCAAACCUUUAUCGCCGGCAUCCACGAGAACUUCCUCCUCUCGUGCAAUCCCCGUGGCCUCAGCUGCCUCCCCACCAGCGACGAAGAUGUCCUCGACACAGCGAUUGCCUGCCUCGACUACCUCUCGGACAGCGACCUUCUCGCCUCCAAGGGGUUUGGCUACGACAACGAAUUCUCUGACAUCCGCUCGGACGAGAUAUCGUUCCACACAGCCGUCCGCGGCAUCAUGCUGUCACUCCCCAGCCCCGUUAAACGCUUUAUUGAACCGAAAGUCAGCGCGCAGAAAAUGUACUAUCCCACCGCGACACGUCUGUGGAGGGACCGACAAGAUGUCGGUGAUGUCGUGGAUUGGUAUGUAGGAAAGCAACGGGCGAUGGCACCUUGCAGCGGAGGAAAGAGGGAGGCGCUCGAAGAGCGGAUGCCGUUUCAGGCUCUGAUCGAGAGAAAGAGGCACUAUGGUCCUCGUGGAGGCAGUUUUCUAAGGCAGUCGCCGGAUCCGGCGACCAGCAAGGCCCUCGAGCGUGUCACGGUUUUCAAGGGCGUUAGACAGAGCGACGAGCCCAUGGAGGCGGAGGAGGCGGCCGAAGCCGAGCAGCCGCGCGGUGGCAGGUGGAAGAGGAAAGAAAAGAAGACCGUGACAUGGGCUGAGGAUUUGAUGGGGCCCGAGCUUGCAGAGAAGCUGGUGCUUAGCGAUGAUGAUAUCGAGGAGUUCUGA